UGCUUGUACACGAUAUCGAUAGUAAAGCCGUCAUCAUCACGCAAUAUUUCACCUUAUUUCAGUGGUCGCCGUGAUUCCGCUGUCAAAAUAAUGAAUUUAUUAUUAUCAGUUUGACUUUACAUUACCAUUUACAGUUGAAACAGAACGCAAGUUCAUAACAUGAAGCAGCCAAGGUACGAAAAUGUCUUUGUAACUGUCGGGACCACUAAGUUCGAGGAACUGAUCGACAAGGUAACGGAACCGUCUGUCGUCAAUGAACUGCGUCGGAUGGGUUGCCGUACGUUAAACCUCCAAAUAGGACGUGGCAAAGAUCCAACCAUCGCGAAAGAAUUGUUUGCCAAUGAUAUCGAAGUUAAAUUUUUCGAUUUGAAGAGCAGUAUAGCUGAUGACAUCCGGCAGGCAGAUUUGGUGAUAAGUCAUGCUGGUGCUGGAAGCUGUAUAGAAGUUUUGUCCGCUGAGAAACCGCUGGUGGUGGUGAUAAAUGAGAAUUUAAUGGACAAUCAUCAGACCGAACUCGCCGAACAGCUGUCCAAAGAGGGUUACUUGGAAUGCUGUACACUGUCAACAUUGAGCCAGGCUCUGGCGAGUAGCAAUCUUGGACAGUUGAAGAAAUUUCCCCCUGGAUCAGUGGCUGAUUUUGUAAAUUUUCUGGAUGUAUUUAUGGGGGUUUAACAGGCAAAAAGAACUGACGAAACAUAUUAUGGAUAGUAAUAUAAUGACAAAUAUAAUUAUUUAUAGAAAGGAACAUAGUUCCGAAACAAGAGAAAUUUUGGAUUAAAAUUAAGACGUGUUCAACAUGCUAGCACAUUCCACUCCAUUGUAAAAAAAAAAAUACGAUUAUUAUUAUAAAACAUUGUGUAAUGCA